AUGAGUCAGGGUGUAAGUCUGAGGUAUUAUAACCAAUCAGAAUUUCCUGCAGAUAUCGAUGAAUGCAAAUCACUCUCCUGCAACGGGACAUGUCAAAACUUUCCUGGAAGCUACACAUGCACGAGUUGCCCUCAUGGAAAAGAGUUUGAUCAGAUAAAAAGGCAGUGUGUUACGUCAGCAAAGCAACACAAUCUUCUUGUGGGUAUCGCAACUGGAACUGCAUGUGGCCUUGGCUCCAUAAUUAUUGCGGUCUGUGUAAUUGUAUUCGCCAACAAGUGGAAGAAAGGCAUCCAGAAGAGAGUCCGACGAGCACACUUCAAGAAAAAUCAAGGCUUACUCUUGGAGCAGCUGAUCUCUGAUGAAAGCACCACAAACAAAACAAAGAUAUUCUCCUUGCAGGAGCUAGAGAAGGCAACCAACAACUUUGAUGCCACUCGUGUUCUUGGUCGUGGAGGACAUGGUACAGUUUAUAAAGGGAUACUAUCUGACCAGCGGGUGGUAGCUAUUAAAAAAUCCAGAAUUGUGGAGCAAAUUGAAAUAGACCAGUUUAUCAACGAGGUUGCUAUCUUGUCUCAAAUCAUUCAUCGCAAUGUGGUAAAGCUAUUUGGUUGUUGCCUAGAAUCUGAGGUUCCUUUGCUGGUGUACGAGUUCAUAUCUAAUGGUACACUGCAUGACCUUCUUCACACUGAUGUUAGUGUUAAAUGCUUGUUGUCAUGGGAUGAUCGUAUUAGGAUUGCAGUAGAAGCAGCAGGGGCACUGGCUUAUCUGCACUCAGCUGCUGCAAUCCCAAUUUUCCAUAGAGAUGUAAAAUCUUCUAACAUACUAUUGGAUGGCAGCUUUGCUACAAAGAUUUCCGACUUUGGUGCUUCAAGAUCAGUUUCACUCGAUGAAACUCAUGUGGUGACUAUUGUCCAAGGAACAUUUGGUUACCUAGAUCCAGAGUAUUACCAUACUGGGACACUAACUGAAAAGAGUGAUGUAUACAGUUUUGGGGUAAUACUUGUGGAACUUUUGACAAGAAAAAAGCCAAUUUUUAUCAAUGAUUUAGGUGCAAAACAAAACUUGUCCCAUUAUUUCGUGGAAGGAUUGCAAGAGGGAGUUGUCAUGGAAAUAAUGGAUCAUCAGGUUGUCAAGGAGGCAAACGCAGAAGAGAUUGAUGAUAUUUGCUCACUUACAGAAGCAUGCUUGAGACUCAGAGGAAGGGACAGACCUACUAUGAGAGAAGUGGAUAUGAGGUUGCAAUUCUUGAGAAGUAAGAGGCUAAGAAAAUGCAAAAUUAUCCCAGCUAGUGAUGAAGAGAUUGAGCAUUUUUUAUGCCCAAAUGUUGGUAAUUCUGAUGCACCGAUGAAUGUUGUCAAUGCUGGCAAUUUAACAUCUAAAGGAAUCUCUUGCUACAGUCUAGAGCAAGAACUUUCAUCCUCACUCACUUUCCCACGAUAAGUAUAUAAGUGCCAUACCACAACGGUGUCCUUCCUAUUAUUCAUUUGAAGUAUCAUUUAUUUUCCAUGGACUUGUAAUAUGUUACAUUGUUCGCUUUAG